UCUCAGUGAACAUGAGGGUCAGGACCUGAUGAAGUUACUUAACUUAAAGUUGUUUACAUGUAUGUUCAUGAUUCCGACCAAAGUACAUGGUACAGUAAUAUCUGGGGAUAUGGAAAGGUUUAAUUGAUUGAGCUCAGUUAUCAGUUUUUUGGCCCCCUAAGGGCAAAGGUCAAGAAUAAAAGACAAUAGACAAACAAAAACUUCAGAAGCAACAUGUUUCGUUAUGCACAGUUAAAUAACUCACAUUACAGCUGACUUGAUAGCGCAGUCCGCAACAUUUCGCCCAACAAGCACGCCGGCAGUGAAGCAAUUUCAUUGGCCGGCUCUGCUAACGUUAAAAAGGGGCGUGGCGUGUAGUCUCUGUUAGCAACUAGCUCCCAUGUGAGCAUUUUGGGAUUAGGUUCAUCCUGGUCGGUUAGUUUGCAGAAACGAAAACUGAUUGUUUACAGCGUAUCAUUUAUCACAACGGGGGUGCCUUGGUGUACUCCUGCUCACCUUUAGUAUCUACCAGGCUGUGGGAAGGAUGAUUUAGUGAAGUGGACACCGGCCUCUCUGUGGACAUGGCGCUGAUGCUAAGUUAGCUAGUUAGCCGAACAGGCCCGGUAGCUGCGCUGUGGGUAUAACAACACUAGCUUAUCUUAGCCUGUAACACUGUUUGAUAAUGCUAUAGUCGCGUUAUGACAAUCACUUAAUAACAGCGUCGUUAGGCUGAAGGCGAACAUUUAUUUAGCACUCGAAGUAAGCUGUCGAUUUGUUUGGCUAACAUGUAGCUAACAGUAGCUUCGGGCAUUGUGUGGUAUGUAGCCAUGGUAUGCUAACCAGCCAUUAAGAAAGUUGCUCAUUGGUCAUAGCGUUACAAGAAAACGUUAGCACAGGUCAAUGUGGGCCAGCCAAGUAGUUGUGAAAUGAAGAGUUACAUUAGUUAUGUUUAAAGUGUUGUGUUAGCAGGAGUUAAACAGACUACAGGGCCUUUGCAGAUUGUUGUGUUGACUCACUUUGUUUCACCUCAGCUCUGAUGCAGAUUAUAUCUUUUAAUGAUGUAAAGUUUGCAAAGUUGGGAGAGAAACCAUGUAACAUCACUGAGCUGGUUAUAGCCACUUAAAGUUCAUGACUUGAGGAGGUAAAGCUGGUAAAGAUGAACCAUCCAGGAGUGUUGCCACAGGAGAAGAUGGAGCUGGAUCUGGACAUCCCAUCUUCUGUAAUCCAAAGCGAUGGACACCUGAGGAGAUCCAACAGUGCACCCAUGAUUAAUGGCUUAAGUGAUAACUCCCAAGUGUUCCAGAGAGAGGUCCUGCGAAGCCGGAGAAAUAGCACUACAGUUGUCAACAGACCCAACAUGGUCCCAUCAUCGCCCAUACGAGUCCCCAGCACCCGACUCCAUCAGAUCAAACAGGAGGAGGGCGUAGACGUGAUGAACAGAGAAACAGCUCAUGAGAGGGAAGUUCAAACAGCCAUGCAGAUGAGCCAAUCCUGGGAAGAAAGCCUUAGUCUGAGUGACAAUGAUCAGGAGAAAUCUGCAUCAUGUUCUCCAAAGCGCGUAGACUUUGUGCCGGUGUCGCCCGCCCCGUCCCCAACCAGAGGGAUUGGAAAAAAGAAGCAGUGUUUCUCUCCUUCACUACAAAUCCUGGUGAGCAGCAAUGGCCUAACGCCCAGCCCCAUUCCCAGCCCAACUCGCCGCUUCAGCAGACGGAGUCAAAGCCCGAUCAACUGCAUCAGAGCCAGCAUACUAGGGCCCAUGAAACGUAAAGGGGAGAUGGAGACUGAGAGUCAACCUAAGAGGCUCUUCCAGGGUACAACCACUAUGCUGUCCUCCGAUGUGUCCAACCUGUCAGAUCUCACCUGUCACUCUCCAGAUUUGCUGGAUGGCAGCCUCAGCAGCGUCGGCUCGUCCACAGACUCACCCGGCAAAAUGGAGGGAGUGUCGCCUUCCUCGUCCAGCAACUCUCCCUUCGCUUCCCUCCAGGAUCUGUCCCCAAAGUGAGCGUGGGACGACUAAAGAAACGACAAAGGAACGGCGCCCCCCAGAAGCUUCUCUCCAGGGAACAUGUUUCCUCCUCAGACCCUCCAUUAGCGCCUCGAUUUGGUUAAAGUGGAGCUUUCCAUGUUUGUAUCAGAUGUGUAUGGCUACAUUUUGGAGGGGUGAGAUAUGUUUGUGUUCAGGAAAUGGAAGCCAUGGAUGAGAUUGCGUGUGCAAGAGGGGAGCCUGGUGAAAUCACACAGGCCGGAAGAUGCUGUGAGCACCACAUGGCUUUCAUAGUGAACUUGUGUUCUGAAGUGGAUAGGCUGCCGUUUCCCAUCACUGGAGAGACAUUGAGCACUGGACAUGUAAAGACAGCUGGAUGUGUACUUCUCUUUGAUUUGUGCUGAUGAACGUCUGUCCACAGGCCUCUGUAUGUAUGCUGUCUGCAAAUGUUGUAAGAAAAGAUUUAACUUAUUGUUUCCCUGCUUUGUUUGUAAUUAUGUAAAUAUUAAACUUGUCAAAUGUGGUACAUAGUUUUAAGUUUGUUGUGAGGUGAAUGUGGGCAGAGGUCUUCAACAGCAAAGGUGUUUGUUGUAAAGGAACAAACUUCUGGUUUAGAUCUGUGGAGGUUUCUAUUCUGUUAUAUUGAAAGUCAUUUCAGCACAUAUUCAUAUUUUUAUGAUGGGGGCGGGGAACUGUGGUGGGUUCUUCUAGGCUUUUAUACCCAGUAUGCACCUAGUGGUAAAUUGUGGCUGAAGUAAAAUGGUCUUCACUGUUUGGCUUUCAACACUACAGGUUCCUCUGUAUCCUGUGUUCUUGUCAGGAUGUUUGUAGAUAAGCAGAGUAUUAAAAAAAAUGUUGUUAUUUAUAGAAAAAGUAUAUAUACAAAAAUGGAUGGUGAUAUUUUAUUCCCUAGUAGAAAAACCUUGAUGUUUUCAGUUAAACCGAGUCAACUUACUGCUGCAAUGUUUAGCAAAAAAACCAAAAUGUCACCAUCACAUCGUGAGUUAAGGACUGCUGUUUCUGCUGUGGAUUCAUUUUGUAUCAACUUCUUGCACAUGAUAUGAACCCUGUGAUGUUUCAGCCACUGUGUAAGCGGAGAAGUAAAACUUGACUUUCUUGUAAUACAGCCCUGAAAUAACAGUAUGCAGGAGGUUUAGCAUGUACUGUGAUUUCUGCACCUACAUGUGCUUUAACUGACACAGCACAAACUCCUUCAUGGUUCUGUAGCCUUUAAUGAGUUCUGUACAAAAGGAAGAGAUUGUAAGUCAUUUUAUGGAAGUGUGCCCUUUAGUUUAAAUCUGUGUUUGCAGUUCACUUUGUCUUUUGCUUUCUACAAAUCAGAGAGUGGGCAAUGGUCUACUUGUUCUGCUGUUGACAAGAUAUUUUUCAAGUUUUCUUCUAGGUCAUCUAAAACGUUCAGGGCAUGAAUCUAGUAAAUGUUAUACUUUGUGUCUGUGAUCAAAAGGCUGUCAUCUUUUAAGCUGGCUCACAUCAUGCCCAUGCUUUGUUUGACUGCAAUCAUAGCAGACAUCAGGAUUAAAUAAAUUAUUUCUCUGAUGUGACUGUGGAGCUGAAUAUUC